UCAACGAACUUUAUAGAAAUAUCGGAAAUAUCUAAAAAAGUUGUAAGAUCCUGGCAAUGGCCAAGUUUCUAAGCCAGUUUCGUAGAACCAUGUGUAGCGCCGCUACCUCCAACAUUACUUUACAGCACAAGCCUCCAGUGCCUGUAUUUGGAAUAGAAGGAAGAUACGUGUCAGCUCUAUACAGCGCAGCACAUCAAAUGAACCAGUUGGAUGAUGUGGAGAAACACUGCAAGGCACUCCAGACAGAAGUUGGCAAACCUGUUGUCAAAGAUUACUUCGAGAGCAGCAUGCAGUCCAGGAUUGAAAAAGCCAAGUUUCUGCAUGAAUUUGCUAAGUCUGCAGGGAUGCCGGACUCGCUUGCCAACUUCCUGCAACUGGUGGCAGAGAAUGGACGCUUAAAAAUGCUGAGGAAGAUGAUCAACAUGUUUCUUAUUGUCAUGGUGGCUCAUAGAAACGAAGCACUUUGCGAAGUGAUCACAGCUACUCCACUUGAAGAAGGAGAUCGGGCAGCCCUAAUGGAAACCCUCAAGAAAUUCGUCCAAGAUAAGAAGAUAACAUUAACGGAAAAGGUGGACCCGAGUAUCAUGGGUGGCAUGAUUGUUGGAGUCGACGAUAAACACGUAGACUUGAGCAUUAAGAGGAAGAUGCUGCUCUAUACUGAAAUUUUAAAACAAGCCCUGUAACCUAUUUGUCCUUUCUUUAAGUCGUUUAAAAUAAAUAAUCCAAAACUUAA